AUGGCUGUGGUCAAAGGAGUAUUUGGCUAUGCCUUCAGCUCGAAAACAAUGAUGGCGGAUGCUCUCCACGGCGCCACAGACGCCAUGUCAGAUAUCAUCGCUCUCGUUGCUAUAACGUGGGGUUCGCGGCCGCCUACAAACCAAUUCCCCUACGGUCAUGGUAAGAUAGAGAGCCUAGGAGCGCUUGGCGUUUCUGCAAUCCUUCUUCUAGGGGGCUUCAGCAUGGGACUCAAUAGCCUCCAUUUCUUGCUGAAGGCGUUUUGGCGUGGCAAGAUGUCGAUUGCCAAUAAAGCGGCCCAUGAAGAACAACUAUCGCAGCAAAAGAAUGGUUAUAUUCAGCGAACUGACGCAAAGCCUGCAGCCAUGAAACUCUCGAUAGAGCGUGGGUCAACAGUCCUGGCUUCCAACGCGCUCCAUCACAGGAUCGAUAGCUUCACAGAGGUGAUAAUAAUCUGUGUCAUCCUCGCAAGCAAAUUGAUUCGGGAUGUUGCGUGGCUGGACCCUGUUGGUGGCUUGUUUAUUUCCCUUAUGGCAAUCAGACCUGCGGCUGAGUUUACCAUGACAGCCUUGCGUGAACUUUCAGACCAUACUAUUGGCGAUGAGGUUAAGGGAAAGGUUAGUCUGUGCAUUGAAGAGAUAUUAAGGGAUAUUGAUGCGUCAGGCAACGUGAAAAUAAUUAGUAUCAUGGGAACUAAGUCAGGUCAAAAGACGCUGAUCAGUCUGGAGAUGGCAAUGCCAAGCAACUGGACCAUCAAUGAGGCUUCCGAGCUCGAAGGCGAAUUUCACACUGAGUUCCACAGGAGGAUGCACAUUACCUGCCGCGCGCAGGUUCACGUCAGGCCAGCGGAGUAG